CCCUCUCCUGCCAACGUGUCUUGAGACUCGUCAGCGAAGCAUCAGGAUCCUCACCCCGAAAACUGCGUGGGUCUUCAUUCAACGAUUUUCACGGUUGGUUACGUACGGUUCACCUUCCGCACGUGCCCCCAUCUCUGCUGGGAGGAUGACGACAAUGGACACUGUGUACACGCUGGCCUCUGAGGGCAGCAGGAGCAAGUUGAACACCUUGGUAGGGCUGUCUGAUGAAGAGAUUGUCAAAGUGUGGGACGGAGUGUCUACCUUCAUUGAGAGACACAUGGCUCAGCACAAGGGCGUUCACGUCCCCGAGCUGGGCACGUUCACGUUCGCGCUGCACAGGCUGCCAAUGAGCGGCGGGCGGAGCGUAGCGGUGCGCCGCCCGGUCCUGCGCGUCUCGGAGAAGCUCAUUCAGACGCACGGCCUGACGCACAGCAAGCCGCACGUCAGUGGGGAGAUCCCGGUGGUGCAGCUGAACUGGACGGCGCUGGCGCUGGAGAGCGGCGUGUCGCGCGCCCAGGCUGAGGGCGCCGUCCACUGCCUGCUGCGGACGCUGGAGCGGGCGCUGGCGGGCGGGCGCAGCGUGGAGCUGGGCUUGGGCGCCGUGGGGCUCCUCUCCGUCAGGGACUCGCACGUCAAGAUGCGCUUCCACCGCCGCUUCGUGCUGCUCGCCACGGCGGCAGCGCCGGAUGGCGGCGCGUGCGAGGAUGCGCUGCGCGCGAUGAUCGACCGACCGGGCACCGCCGACUCGGUGCUGCCGGAGGGCCCCUUACACCGGCCGGGCACGAGCAAUACCCUCUGUCUGCCACGCAUGGCCGCCCCGGUUCUCGAGGCCAGGUCGGAGCUCCCCCCCAUUGCUGAGGCGGGGGUAAUUGGAGACGGAGACGGAGGAGACAGUCGCGGGGACAACGCGGAGCCGGGAGACGACGGACACGGAGCCCGGAGCGAAGGGGCAGACGCCGAAGAGAAUGCCAACAAGAAGAUCGUAUUGAGGCAGCCCGCGCCGUUGGCCAGAGCGGGCAACUUCAGCUGGACACCGGAGGCCUGCGGCAGGCCUGUGCUGGCACCGACGGCCGCUCUGGCCUCACCGCCCCGGACCCCGCAGAAGUCGCUCGGUGGCGCGGCAUCGCCGGGCCCGAGAGCUGCGGCAACGCCACCCGGGACGCCACCGGUGGCGCCGGCAGGUCCUCGCCGAGACGCCCGGCCGCUGGCGGCAGAGAUGACGAGCGAGGUGGCGAUGUCGCCGAGAUCGCCGCACCCGCCCUCGCCGCACUGCAUGCACUCGCCGCUACAGGUGCCCGCCAGCAGGCCCGGUUGGCUCUGCCCGCCGACGUGGUCGCUGCGGCCCAGCUCAGCGGCGGCAGAGACGGGCGCCCACGGGAGAUGCUCCUGGUGCCCCGGGCUUGCGCCGGCCACACCGCCGGGCUGCACGACCCACGGGCGUGCCGGGCAGCACGAUCUUCCGACUGCUGCGCGGACUCCUGUGGAGAGGGAGCUGUGCUACCUAUGCAUGCAGCGCUCGCUGCGGAACGUCCCCGUGUAUGUGGCGGAGGAGCGGCGGCUGCAGGAGGAGGCCGAGGAGAGAGCGCUGCUAGAGUACCGGCACGGCCAGGAUCUGCAGGCCUUCACCAAGGAGCAGGAAUUGCUGGAGCUGGCCCGGGAUAACAGCAGGAAGGUGGCAGCCUUCAACCUUGGCGUGUCUGAGGCCGUUAAGGCCUCCAAGCAUGGUCAGAGCAAUGGCUUUCAGUGCUCCUUCAUCCUGGGCGACCGGGCCGCCACGCCGCUGUCAGCCGCUCGCUCGCGGGAGUACGCGCACCACCUGGAGCGGCAGCGGAGCGAGCGCAUGGAGCGCGAGGGCCGGCACAGGAAGCAGCAGCGCAUCCUGGAGCAGCUGCAGAGAGUCCAGCUGGCUCGGGAACUGGCUCUGGAGAGGGAGCAGAUGCUGCAGAGCAAGGCGGAGGAGGCGCAGGCCUAUCAGCAGGCCCUGGCGACUCAGGUGCAGUCCAAGGCACUGGCGGCGGCGCAGGAGAGGGGCGCGGCGGAGGCGGCGCCGGUGUUUGGCGGUGACGACUCGACGGCGCGGGCGCUGGAGGAGCGGCGUGAGCGAGCGCGGGAGCUGCGUUGCGAGCUCGCUGGGGAGGCGGCGCGCAAGAAGCGCUCCGUCGUCGUCUCGCAGCUUACCGAGCAGCGCCGACAGAUGGAGCUCCUGGAGCGCAACCAGCAGGAGCUGGCGCGAGAGCACGUGACGCGGCACGCGCAGACGGUGGGCCGGAGGGCGGCCCUGCAGGAGGCGUGGGCCCUCAGCGCAGAGCUCAAGCGCGGCCGCAACCUUCAGCUGGAGAUGCACCUCAAGGCUGGCGCGGGCCUCGUGCAGGAGCAGUGUGACAAGUACAAGCGCUGCCAGCAGUGCACCCGGCGGCUCUCCAACCGUGGGGAGAGUCACGUGUGGAAGGACUCGCGGUACCUGCCGGGAACUCGCAUGAUCCUCUAGUCCAUGGUCACUCUUCACCUUCUUCUCCUCCUCCUUUCUUCUUCGUCCUUUGUCUUCCUUCUUUUUCCUCUUCUUCCACUUCUUCCUUCUUCGUCUUCUUCCUGUUAUUCCUUCUUCCUAUUAUUCCUUCUUUUUCA